CCCCUGCACGCGUCACCGGCCGAGGCUAUAAAGUGGGGCUGGAGAAAGGGCUCGCUUAGGCGGCUGCGGGGCUCCGAUAUGGGGCAGCUCUUCGCGAAGCUGCUGAGCGUUUUCGGAAGCCGCGAGCAUAAAGUAAUAAUUAUUGGCUUGGACAAUGCUGGAAAAACCACAAUCCUCUACCAGUUCCUAAUGAAUGAGGUCGUGCACACAUCUCCUACGAUCGGCAGCAACGUGGAGGAAAUCGUCCUGCGCAAGACACACUUCCUGAUGUGGGACAUUGGUGGGCAGGAAACCUUGAGGUCUACUUGGCACACCUACUAUUCCAACACAGAGUUUGUCAUUCUGGUGAUCGAUAGCACAGACCGCGAGAGGCUGACAGUGAGUAAAGAGGAACUGUACAAGAUGCUUGCUCAUGAGGACCUGCGUAAUGCAGCUGUGUUGAUUUAUGCCAACAAGCAGGAUGUCAAAAAUUCCAUGUCUACCUCUGAGAUCUCAAACUUUCUUACCUUGAGCUCUAUCAAAGACCACCCGUGGCAUAUUCAGGGAUGUUGCGCGCUCACAGGAGAGGGCCUUCCAGCUGGUUUAGAAUGGAUGAUUUCUAAAGUUGCAGCCAAGUGACGUCAGCCAAAGCUGCUUUUGGGAAGAGGAAAAACAAACUUGUCCAUGUAUUUAUUUCCAUUUGGGGUUUUUUACAAACACUCAGGACUUACUGGACCUUGACACUUCCCUCCCCCACUUUUCUUCCCAAAGCCAAAAGAACUUGACUGUAUACAUUUCGUAGAACAUGGACCAUUAUAGAAAGCGAUUGUGAAUUGUGGCUGCAGAGGUGGGGGAGGGGAGCUGCUUCUU